CAUGGCAAUAAAGUCGGGAGCAGCUCAUCAUACCCUCAACUCUCAGACCUAAUCUUCAACAACACAAGCAACAACUCUUUCAACAAAGUCCUCGGAGAACUCAAAAGAAGCACAUUAUCGAUACCAAACAGACUUCGCUCGAUCAAGCAAGAUGCACACUUUGUAUCCGAGGUAGCUUCAGCUUAUGGAUUGCCCUUGGUAGCAAACGAAAGAUGCGGAAGCUGGUAUAUCCCACCAGAGCAGAAGAAACAGAGUGCCUAUUUCAAGAGCACGGAUGGGCAUAUGGCACAGUGGAGUUUCAGUUUGAGGAGGUUGAAUCUGCAGGUAUUGGAGACGAUAGGAGAGUUUGAUGNNGUUGACUCUACACGCCGAGGAAAGAGCAUGCCUGAUGCCUUGUCAAAGACGAUACCCAUAUGGACAACAGUCAUGAAUCGCAUUCUGUUUCCCGAGCAGACAGAGAGCCAUGAGGUUACCACGCCACCGACAGUAGUCGGAGCAUCAGAGCACGCCCAAAUCGCUGCACGCAUAUCUGGCUUCGUCGAGUCUCUCAAAACAUUAGACCUCGAUCUUUCGGCCAUCCGCCAAAAGCUCACCAAACCAUUACGACCAAUUUGGGUGACGCCAACAUCUUCUCUUCCGGCUUCCCCUCCAGAGUUUUCUUCUUUCCAUCCAGUCGUUCUCCUCACAGCAUCUUCGCGCGUCUCUGGCUCAGAAUCGACAUCAGAGACCGGAUACGUUCAGGGCGCUGCAGACGACGCAGAAGCGUGGGCUCAAGGUCUGACCGCCCCUCUCUUCUGGCAACAUAUUGAGACCCUGCUUGCCACACCCGAAGACAUGAUCGAGGAAGUGAUUGCGGGUUUGGUGGCCCAAGGCGACGGGAACAAGGGGGCACAGCUCACUAGCAUCGGGUCCGGAAAGCGAGUCGCGAUUGGCACGAUAGAUGCGGCAGAGACAGGCGCACAAGAAACAGAUAUCGUGAUCACGGUAUCGCCGAAAGAGAGCAAGGUGUUGCGAUCAAAGCUGAAAACACGAUACUUGCAUCUUACUCUUGCAGAUGGGAAAGUAGGGAGUCGACAAUUACGACACAGUCUACCCAACCUUAUCGCCUCGGUCAAAGCACAACUUUCUGCAUCCCCAGCAUCUCGUAUCGCGGUUGCAGAUGUCAACGGCAAGGAUCAAGGCGUGGGUGUCGCAUUGGCAAUCUUGUGCUUGUUCGUUACCGAUGAUGGGAACAUAAGACCAGGCGAGGAGAUCAAGGAACCGCCUAAUGGACUCAACAAGCAGACCAUUAAACAGAAACUCAGUUGGAUCUCGGUGGCUAAGCCAGAUGCUAAUCCCAGUCGGACGACGCUGCAGAGUGUGAAUGCCUUUCUGCUUGGA